AUGAUAUUUCCCUAUCAGGCAUCAAGUCCCGAGUUCUGCUGGGGAGUUUUCAAGAAAGACAAGCUUGGCUCUGAUGAGCUCGUGAUUAUGCAUUCGACUAUCUACAGUUGGAAGGCAGCGAUGAAGGGACGAUAUAGCGGUCCAGAUAAAUUUAAUCUGAUCGUUCGUGCCCUCAGCCGGGAUAAUGCUACGCAAGGAAAGACUCUCGGGCACGCGGUCAAAACUGCUUCCUGGGAGCCUUAUCAUGAAUUGAAAGGCCACCUGGACGGUUUCAAUGAGACAGUCCUUGCUCUAGCUGGCCCUUUGAGCCGUCGAUUCUAUGGUCCACUUGUGGCUUUUGCAUAUAAUGUGGAUAGUCAGUUUCAUUUCGAAACUAUGGACGACAUAUCAGCUGCUGACUUU